AUGAAAUCUCCAACGCGUAUCAUUAAUGGUUUAUAUAUUGGAGACUAGGGUGCAGCGCACGAUCUAGAGUUCCUGAUAACAAACAAAAUUAAGAAAAUCAUCAAUUGUGCUGGUAAAUAAAUUCCAAAUCAUUGGGAGUCUAUUGGUAUAGAAUACUUGACAUAUGGUUGGAUUGAAAACGACUAUCAGUAUGCUAUUGACCAUUCUCGUUGUUUCUCAUUUAUAAAUGAUACUUUGGAAGCGGGAGAAGCUGUUUUGGUUCACUCAAUAAGUGCUCUCAAUCGCUCUGUUUUUGUUAUAGUUGUCUUCUUAAUGAAGAAGUUUAAAUGGACCUUAUAAAAAACACUUUAGUAUAUCCAGAACCUUAAACAUAAUCCAGAUAUAAAAUAGAAUGUAAUGCAGCAACUCGUGAAUUUUGAAAAAUGGCUUCUCCUUAGUAAUUUAGCCAACAAUUAGGAUUUCAAUCAAUAUUAUGAUGAGGUUUUGGCAAGAAAUACUUAUUUGAAUAGUUAAAAGCCUUAAUAAUGUGAACCAAGAAGGAGAAAGGAAGUAAUUUCUAAAAGAGUACAAUGGAAUAGAACCAUCAUAUCAUAAUACAUUCCUCCAUAUUAUUAAAUUUAAUUCAAAAAUCUAUCAAAAUUAUAAUCUGAUCCUGUAAAUCAAGUUUAAAUUAAAAAUCCACAACUUCCAGCAACUCCAAGAAGAUAGACAACUGAUAAUUGGAUGAAUAAAAAGCUCCCUUUGAAUUAAAUUGUUGAUGAUAAAAAGUUAAACCUUUUUAACAUCAAAUCUGAGAGGCAAUCAAUUAGACCUUAAUUAAGACCAGGGACUGCUCCAUAAAAAAGGCUUGUAAAAAAUACUUGGCAAUCUUAAUCCCAUAGAGUCUUAGUUAAAUAAUCAUGA